AUGUGGAAGGUCAUCGUUCUUAUAUUUGGAGUUGUAUCAGCAGCACCGACUAGUGAAGAAACGCUCAACUUCGUACCUUUAAAUGAGUUCGCUUUGACACUUCUAGACAAUACAUACGGCGAACAAUCACAGUUAGGAAGAAAGAAUGUGGCUAUAUCACCAUUGUCAGUGUGGAGUGUCUUCUCUUUGCUAGCAGAAGGAUCUUCAGGAGAAACGUUUCAUGAAUUAAUGAAAGGAUUGAAAUUGCCAGGAGAUUUGAGAGCGACACAAGCGUUACACUUCGGCGCGAGGAGCAUUUUGAAGAGAAAAGACAGGGAUGUUGUUUUGAAUGGACAAUCUGCUAUGUUUUCUGACUGCAGUCUCAUCAUUCAUCCUGAAUUUUGCGCAGCAGCACUGGGAUAUGACACAGACAUUUAUGCAGUGGAUGCAAGCAACACAACAAAGCUUGCUAAUGAUAUAAAUUAUUACGUAUGUGUUGCUACUGAAGGCAGAAUUUUCAAUGCAGUGAAACCGGAGUUUUUGGAAAAUCUAAAGAUGGUUUUAGUUGAUGCUGUUUAUUUCAAAGCGAAUUGGACUACACCAUUCAAUCCUUCGCAGACAAGGAAGGAAACUUUCUACAGCAGUCAAGGGAAGUCAAUAGGAUCAGUGAAUAUGAUGUACCACAAAGCCCAUCAUCAACUUGCGGAUGUAGAAGAAAUUGGAGCUCAAGUUUUAGAACUGACAUACGGAGAAAACGAACAGUUUUCUAUGAUGAUUCUACUACCUUCAGAUGGGAUACCAAUAAAAACUCUAUUGAGUAACUUGGCAUCACAGCCUACAAGUUGGAUGGAUGCGUUAAAAAACUCAGGAAGUGCAAGCAUCGAUUGUUAUAUUCCUAGAUUCAAAAUUUCAUCACAAACGGAUUUAAUACCGCCAAUGCAAUACUCUGGAAUACUUUCGAUCUUUGAUGUAAACAAGGCUCAGCUACCAGGCAUUUCAGAUGUGCCUUUAUUCGUUUCAAAGACUAUACAAAAUGUUGAAAUUGAUGUGAAUGAAAGUGGUACGGUGGCGGCGUCUUCAACUGUUGUUGGUUUAGAGAAUAGAGUGUUAGGUCAAAGGUUUGAAGCCAAUAAAGAGUUUGUGUUUCUUAUUGUUGAAAGAAAAAGUGGUGUUAUACUGUUUGCUGGUGUUUAUGAAGAUCCAUCUCUAGUUUAA